UCAACCCUCUACAAGCGAUAUAUACCGCCUCAGCAGGCCCUCGCCCCUCAGAAAGCUCCGAUCAAGCAAUCGACGCCAAAGCAGCCCGAGACACCAGAGCCAGAGAAAAAGCGCAAGCGAGAGCGGGAGAGAUCGCACGAUGAAAUCGAAGAGCGCAAGGCGAAGAAGCUCAGGAAGAAAGGAAUUGACCGUGCCCCUGCGCCCAAUUUGACGACACCACAGCCUGCUGAGCCAAUUGAAGCGGUAGUCAGAGAGGAACCGAUCGCUCCUCUGACCACUGUGACCGCUUCAGCGCCUGCAACUGCAACGGGCGACUUCUCUCACAUAAAGAACGCCAAGAAGCGUCACAAGCUUGAAAAGGAGGCGCGGAAGGCACGCAAGGCCGCAGAGAAGGAGCUGGGAACUGGAGGGGGCGUGAGCGAGGAAGCUGAAGCUGAAGUGCCGCAAACCAUCGCGUCAGAACCUCGUCCAGAGGCUGUCACAUCAUCAACGAAUGAACAUGUUCCAAAUGAGGAUGGUUCAUGUCAACAAGCACAGCUUAAGAAGAGGCGACACAAGCUUGAAAGCGUCCUAGUGGACGCACAAGCUGAGCCAGGUGCUGGCGAGCAUGACAACACAUCCAGUGACAACGAUGAAACGAGCGUGAGGAAGCAUAGCGGCAUUCUGGGCAAGUUCCAGAAAUCUGUCAGGCGCGCACAGGAGGACGACGAUAAGGAACCAGAUGCGAACGAUACGUCAGGUCCUGUGCCGACAGUGGUUUCCCAGCUUUCGCUUCCAGAACCAGACAUUGACCACGCGCAUGUCGCGCAAUCCGAGGCUUCAAUCCUACCAUCUUGGCUGUCGAAACCGACUGUCGUCUCUUCAGAAAGUAAAGCUACAUUCAGCGAACUCGACUUAGAGCCUUCAACGGUGAAGCUCAUGGCCGGACUCGGCUUUCAAGAUGCUCUGCCUGUACAACAAGCUCUCAUACCACUGUUACUGCCUCCGGGAGAAGCAGGAUCUUCGUUCUUGCCAGGAUGUGAAGAGCGAUUGCCUGACAUUGCAGUAAGUGCGCCCACAGGAAGCGGCAAAACCAUCUCGUAUCUCCUACCAAUAAUUCAAGCUCUUCGAAAGAGCCCAGGUCGAGGUAGGCUCAGAGCUCUCAUUGUUGUACCCACUCGAGAAUUGGCUCUUCAAGUAGAUGCAGUGGCGAAGGCGCUGAGCUCGGGGAGCGAGAUCAAGACGGAGCAUAUACCUGGAAAUCGUACGCUCAAGGAGGAGCAGCAAAAGCUUAUAAAUCGUGGCCGAAAAUACAACCCACAGGAGUGCCAAAAGAGGCUUGGCAUUGCUAAACUGCGCAUUGACGGGCUUGAUCAGGGCUCAGGAGACGCAAGAGACGACACGCGAAUAGACGAUACUGUUGCCGAUACCAUCGCCGGCUUCGUCAACCACAUUCCCACGUAUGAGUCUGCAGUCGAUCUCCUGGUCGCAACACCAGGAAGGCUUAUGGAGCACAUCAACAGCACUAGCGGCUUCGCCCUCACUCACGUGCAAUGGUUGGUGAUCGACGAGGCAGACAAGCUUCUUGACAACCAACAGGAGAAGGUGCUAAGCGAGCUUAACACGGAAUUGACGCGCCCAAGAUUUGAUGACGAGCAAGAUGCACGAGAGCGCUACCUUCGAGCAAAUGAUCUUUGGGAUGAGAGACGGGAGAGGCGCCUUCGAAAGGUAGUUCUCUCGGCGACAAUGACUAGGGAUAUUUCGAAACUCAGCUCGCUACGCUUGAGAAGACCCAGGCUUGUGGUUGUGCGUGGUACCGAAGCUGAGGAAGAAAUGAUAGCUUCUGACGCCAGAGACGACGCAGGAGGAGAGGCUGGCAGCGUAAGGCAGCACGCUGAUGGCUUUGAGCUUCCGACUACACUUGUCGAGUAUUCUGUUCCCGUCGGCGAUGGCUCUGAGAAACCGCUUAUCGUCAUAGAGCUACUGCGAUCAAGAGUUUUGAACGAAGUCGAGAUCUCUGCACACACGCCAAACGACAAUACCGACUCCGACUCUGAAAGUGACGACGGUGAAGAUGAUUCCAGCAUAUCUUCGAUGAGCAGCGAUUCAUCCAGUGAUGACAGCGACAGCGACAGCGACACCAGUGACGGCAGAGAUCCUGAUUUAGCUAGCAAACCCCUCAAGUCAGUCACACAGAAGCCUUCUCAGACCGUCCAGAGGCCUAAGCCCACUGAGAGGUUCACCGCACCGACUGUGCUCAUCUUCACCUCUAGCAAUGAAUCUGCCCACCGUUUGGCCCACCUGUUCAAGGCAUUGAAGCCUGCUUGGUCGAAGUACGUUACGACACUCGUCAAGUCAAGCAGACCAAAUUUGCUCUCCAAACCGCACGAGCCGGCAAUAGUGGUCUCAACAGACCGUGCCUCGCGUGGUCUCGAUUCAGUAAAGGGAAGGCCAAUCACCCACGUCAUCCAAUACGACAUUCCUCGCUCGCUCAUAGCGUACAUUCAUCGUGUCGGACGCACGGCUAGAGCUGGAAGACCGGGUGCUGCGUGGACUCUAUUCACUCAUCGUGAAGGCAAAUGGUUUACUCAAGAAAUCACACAAGCUGUCAAUGUAAAGAGAACCCAACCGGUGGAGCGAGUCAAAAUUUUCAAUGAGGACCGGGAUCUGAGAGCACGAUACGAGGGAGUGCUUGGUGAGAUGCGAGAAGAAGUGCAGGCGGGCAAGUAGGCAAUUUAAGAGCUGGCAAUUGCUCUCCUAUCUACUUCUCCUUUGGUCCAUGGAAGGGUACAUUUGGACAUGGAGCCUCCGAUGGAUAUCAUCACAUCCCGUUGACGAAUUUGUAUCUCUGGUCGUCACGUCGCACCUCUGAGCAUGCUUCUUCUUCUUCUUCGAAGUUUUUCUCAUCCCAGUCGGGAAUAUGAUGUGUUUCUAUCUCAAGCGGAAAGAUCCCAUCCGUCGACGCUUUGUUCAAUAUCCAAACAGUAUGCGUUCUGGUGCGCGACGCGAAGACUAGCAAUGUUCUCAGGCCAACAUCUCGAUAUUGCUGACGAUAUGAAAGCCCAGACAUUACAUAGACAAAAGCAUAACAUCAUCUUUCGCGUUGACAUCUG